GGGACGUUGGGACGGGCUGACGGAGCGCAGAGAACAGGCUGCCGCAGCUGGACCGCCUCCCGACCGGGACCAGAACAUCCUCCUGCAGACGCAGAAUUGCGGUUCAGUUCGGGGUUCUCGAUCCGCUAUGAGAGACUACGCGGCGACCGCGAGCCACGGAGGCGCCUGCACGCCGUGCUGCCAACUUUGCGUCUUCGCCUUUACCGCAUUUCUCAUCGUUGCAGAGAGGACGGCGCUGAUAUAUUGCUUUGGGUACUAUCUGUGGAUCGGUCACAAUUACUGCUAUGCCUAUCUUGCUGGCUUCACUGCCCUCUUCCUGCUGCCAGGUUGGGGUCCUCAGUGGCUAAGUUACCUGUGGUACCUGUCGGAUGGACGCAUCCGCAGAAAGUCUCUCACCUGGACACACAUACUGCACCUUGGCAUCUUCAAAAGGCUUUGGGAAUGCAUGUGUCUGCCAGACAAAGAUGUGUACUGUGACAUCAUGCAGCAGGCUGAUGCUUCUGCCUUACGUCUGUUCGAGGCUUUGGUGGUCACCCUCCCUCAGACGCUGCUGCAGACCUACGUGCUCAUCUGCACUGAUAUAGGAAUAAAAUCUCCAGCCUCUGUGUGUUUUGUGGUGUGUUUGUUAUCUCUGGCCUGGGCUUUGGUCCUCUACUCAAGAGCCUGUUCUCUCAUCAGACCGGGACACCUACAGAUGACCCCUAGUGCCAUUCUCUGUCGACUUCUAUGGAGGGUCAGUAUGUUGGGAUCUCGAUUUGCUGUUCUCAUGCUCUUUACACGUAUCUUUAAGCAGUGGAUUCUGGGAGUCAUUGGUGUGCACUGGCUGGGUACAACUUUCUGGAUGGUGUCGCAGCAGACCGACAUCAUACGUUCUACUAGUCGAUGGAGACUCUUCAAUUUUGUUCUGGGAGCCAUUCACAUUUUCUUUUUUCUCAACGUGAAGUACGGUCAAUCCAGAUACCGCAUGGCUGGGUUCUAUCUGGCUAUGUUCUUAGAGAACGCGUUUCUUCUUCUGGCUUCCUCGUGGUUGUUUACAAUGGUGUCCUGGGACACUGUGGGAAUCCCAGCAGCAGUUUUCUCUAGCUUCCUCAUUGGAGUGAUAGCGUUGGUGCUGUAUUAUCGUUUUCUCCACCCUAAAUCCUUUGAGAUUUUCCAGAGUAUUCGCCACAGGGGGAUAGGUGGUGCCUGCACAGAGCGCGGAUCUACACUGUCAUUGGAUGAGAAAGUCACACCCACUUUCCAUCGUCAUGCAACACUGUCCGGAGGAGGGACCCUCAUGGAUCUCCCCAUCCAAUGGGAGGGAUGGAAACAUCACCACUGGCUGCUGAUUCGAUUGGCCAUGAAGACGGGGGAUGUAACAAACAUCUGGUCUGCGUAUGGCGAGGGGGGAUUGGCCGGACUGAUGGGUCUGUCUGAAGAAGUUCACUCCCCUGAUGAAGAUCAUUUUCCUCGGGGUUCAUAUAUUCAGCCGCAGGUUCCCCAGAUCUUACAACCAGCUCCUCAACCAGCUCCUCAAACAGCUCCUCAAGCUCCACCACAGGUGACCCAGUCUACAGAGGUGAAAGAGGUGGUCCACCCACCAAAGCCAGCUCCCUCCACUGUAGUGGCCAGACCAGUUAGAAGAGCUCCACCAACAACAAUCCAGGAUAUGAGAACCUUUCCAGAGAUCAUCCCGGUCCAGGAGGUCAUUCUUGAAGAAAGUGCGGAAGAUUUGUCCAGCGCCCAACCAUCAGAAAAAGGUGACGAUGAUUUUCAGAGUGCUGCUUACGGCUCACCGACACUUUCCUCGCCACUGCAGCCAGACAGCCUCCACCACAUCGAUAGCAACGCUGUGUCCCUGACUGAAGCCUCGUCUUCCGUGUGCUCCCUGGACAUCAAGACUCCCGCCUGGUCACCUGAACGGCGUUCGCCUCUCCUGAUUGGUUCCCCUGAGAAGAAACCCUCAGUCCCUGGAGAGUCCAGCACUACGCUGUACUUCAGCGCGGAUGCACACUCCCCUUCCAGCGGGAGCUAUCUCGGCUGGGGCUCCGAGUUGUCGCCAAUCUCCACUUACAGAAGUCCCUACCGGAUCAGGGAGGCCCGCUUCAUCACAUCCACCCCACGCCUGGAGCCGCGAGCUUGGUCCGAAAGUCCAGGUCCAUCCCCCGUGGUUAUCAUCCCCGCCACUCCUGGUACAACACCAGGCCCUACCCCCGGCGGGACCCCAGGUGCGUCGACCCCUGCUGCUUCCACGCCUGGAGCUUCCACUUCGGCUGCUUCAACUCCUGGUGCGUCAACACCCGCCGCUUCAACCCCUGGUGCUUCUACUCCGGGUGCUACCACACCUGGUACUCCAAUCAUUCCACUUACUCCGGUCAUUUCCCACGCUCGCAAACAGAUGGUCCAGAUUGUGGACAGCAGAGAGAGGAUGGUGUAAGGUGGGUAAAGGGUAAGAAUAACUCGGUGGGAAGUUAUGUCUUUCUUAGUUUAGCGGGUAAGGACAAUGAAUCAAUGCAUUAUCUGUUUUGUGGAAGGCUUGGGGUGGAGACGAUGGGCCUUUUCAGCUCAGUUCAUUUGGAGGUCAUGGAAGGAUAUACUUUUUUUUGUUUGCCCCUGACAUGCAGAUGCAAGGGUUCAAAGUCAGGAAGCACAGGUAGCACACUUCUCAAACACUGCAGGGACAUGACGUUUCUGACCUCGCUGUUCAUUCUUAUCAACACACUAUGCAGCGUUGAUGGUAAGAAAGUCAGAGCUUGGUCUUCAGAGGGGUCAGAAUUGACAAACAUCAACGUGCAGCACUAGGAAAUCAGAUCUGUAUAAAUUUGGGCAUGGGGGAUUUUUAAAGUUAUUUACAACCAUUUGAUAAAGAAAAUAACUCAAUACACUAUAGAUCAGUAUUUACAGAAGAUUAAAUCUUGGUUAUGAAAAGAAGACACAGUUACAAAUCCACAGGUGCUAAUUAAUCUUGGGCAUCAAACUUCUAACACACUCUCUUGUAAUGCCACUUGACCAUCCCGGUCUUACCGUCCAGACUUGAUGCAAAUACAAGCAUGCCUUCAAAGGCAUAGUUAUUAUUAGGCCUGCAAAGGCUCACUAUUCUUUUUUCUUUUUACAAAAAACAUCCUCUCCAGUUUAUUAUAUUUCAUUACAUUACUGUUACAUACAGAGCAUUUUUACAAUCUGUAAAAUAGUCAAAUCUGUUAGUUAAUGUCUAUUUUUAAAGAAACUAUCACAUAAGCAAAUUACAAAAAGCAAAUUUUGGAGGGAUUAUCAUUUUAUAGAUUAUUUGCUCUGCUUUCCUUUGAUAAUUGUAACUGCAAUAAUGUCAGUGGGCACUUUACAGCAGAAAAGGUGCAUUUUAAGUAACAUGAUAAUCUACGACAUGAGAAUAGGUCAGGCAAGAUCAGAAGAUGUUUCUAUUGUUAUAUCCAUUUAAUUUAAUUUGCCUGAUUUAUUAAAACGUUUUUUUGUAUUUCAAUGAUCAGUCAUCUGUUUUCAAAUUGUAUAUUUCAUCUGUUUGUUAUAACUUCUAAUUAUGAAUGGCAUUAAUGCUUUAAUGCAAUAACAUUGUUUCCAUAAUUUUCGAAAAUUUCCACAAACCUUCAGAGUCAUUUUAG